GGGUGACGGCGUGUUGCUCGGCCUAGCCUAGCUCGGCCGUCCGGCUUCUGGAAGAUCCAGUGGGAGGAUUCGUGCAUCUUGUUGGAAUUUUAGGACCGUGAAUCUUCGGGAGUUUUAUGGUUUUAUGGAGUUUGGAGCUUUCGGGCGUUGUUGAGCGGUGUCCGUGCCUGUAACCUUUCAAAAAUGGACUCUACUUCGUGCGCAUAACAAGAGGAGCCAUGUCGGAAGACCUGGAGUCCGGGCCGGAGCCCAAGCUGUCGCGGGAGCCCUCCCCGCAGGCCGAGGCCCAAAAGAGCUCCUGGGUCAAGUUCGACGAGGACGGCUCUGCGGCAGCCACCCUGGAGCCCUCGCAGUCUGUGCAGAUGGAGCCCCCUUCCCCGGCCAAACUGGAGGCCCCCCUCAGAAAAGUGCCUUCCCCGGAACCCCGUCCGGACCUGGGCCCCCUGCCUCCCCCGCGGCCCCCCCUGGUGGGCAGCCCGUCGGCCCCCGCCGGCGCGGUCUGCCCCCCCGCCCCAGCCAGGCUCAAGCCCCGGGCGUCGGCCCAGCCCGGGGACAACAACAACCACGUAGCUUUGCCCUCGGCACGCAGGGUGGAGCCCCUGGCCGUGCCACUCAGCGAGCGCCUCGCAACCAGGACCACCUCCUCGUCAGGAUUCAGCAACGGAGAUGUCAUUGUAAAUGCUUUGCCAACGAACAAGCGUUGUGCCUGGAUCACUAAAGCAGAGUUCAAACCCGAGUUGGUUCCUGAGGAACUCAUGGCUUCAGGCCUCACGCUGACAGUGGAAGAGUAUGUGGCGGCCAUGCAAGUGCUGGUGCACGACGUGCGCUUCACGCUGUACAACGUGUGCUACAAGCGCCUGCUGCUCGUCUGGGUGCUGCUGGGCUUCUUCAUCCUCCUCUGCCUCCUCUUCUCCGGGGUGCGGGGGCUGGCCCUCUUUGGUGGGGGUGUUGUCUGGCUUGUGGUCAACGCCAUGGGCAUCUUCGUCUGCAUGUGGCUCAAGUUUAAGCUGCUGCACAUGCUCGAACGGUGCAUCGCCAGCAUCAACAGUUUGUUCUUCCGUCACAAGAUCCUCCUGGGCCUCGACGACCGUGGCAAGAUAUCGUGCCACAAAGUUCAUUUGAUAUUUGUCUACUUCGACGUGAGUCCAUGCAUUAGGUACCUGUACGAGAUGCUGGAAAACCAGGAUCGUCAAGAUGCACUCGAUGCCAGAGCAGCGGGUGAUGCCCCAAGUCCGGCAAGGAACGGAGCGGCCCUGUACCCAGUGGACAGAGCGCGGAUGGACAUUGACACGUCAGACAUCAUAAUCACUGGCGGCAGCUCUACAACUCGCAUCUCGCAGCGAGAGAAGUAUGCGGAGAAGCUCCUGCUACGCUACAGCCAGCGCUGGGUGAAGGAGUUUGUGCGCAAGCGGCUAGACCUGAACAUGCCCGUGCACCCCGACGGAUUCGAGGACGGGCCCUGCCCCCCGGCGCCUCCGCGUCACUGCGCCAUGGCGCGCUGUCCGUGCCAAUUCAUCGAGGAACACCUACGCUUUAAGCCCCUCACAAAGUGCAGCCUCUCGGAACUCUGCUUUUGACCCUCCCCGCCAUGUCUCAUCUUGUCGGGUCGUUGAAGAACUGCGACGGGUGACGGCUUACGCUCUCCGCCCAGGUGUUUGCGGAAAGCUCGACUUUGUAUCUCUGGUUUUUGUGGCGAGUUUCAUCUUCAUUGUCAAGGCGUGUCCUUUGUUCAUAUGAGCAUCGGCAUACGCCUGUACCUUGUCGGAUCGAAGGUAACGUCUGAGCUCCUCUUAAAGUUGGCCUGGGGAGGAUCUAACUUUUUUAGAGGGAGUACGAUAGACUGCAGCUUGACUUGCUGGCUUGUUUUUAAGCUUUGCGUCAGUUUCCUUCAGGCUCUUGACUCGAGCGUGUCUUUAGACAAUUGCAACUAAAGCUAAGGGGCGUUAUUGUUGAUCAUGCCAAUACAAUCAGCCGCCUUCAUUCCCUAGAGGUGCCGCUCGGCAUGGAAACUAACGAGCAAUUCGAUUUUCGGGUACACUAGCUGAAGUAAAGUGCAUGGCAGCGUUUAGUAAUAUGUGGAGGAUUUGGAAAAGAAGAGUGAUUUUUGUUCUUGGAAGUGAUGGAGUUCUGUGGAGCAGCUGACAGGGGAGCUGUUCCAGCUCCCGUUUUCCCCAAGCGAGCAAGCAGCAUUUAACUGAGUGGAUGCGAUGCAAACACCGAGCAAUACACCUGUAGUAAUCUCAGCCUUUAGAUAGUCAGUGGAAAGUUAUCAGCAACCGGAAUCUUACACACUAUAUGAUCUGUUCCAGCUAAGGGGCUUCCAUGACCGAACAAACAAAAGUAUUAACAGAGACUUCGAAAGGAAGCAAGGAAAACUAAUUUUACUCUUAUGGUGUUGUCAAACAUAGAAAUGCGUUAUGGGUGUUUUUUUUUUUUUUUUCUUUUUCUGGGGAUAAAGAUACAUUCACAGGUGUUCACAAAUAGGCUAGUUUGUGUACUGCACUGUUGGGCUUGCAUUGUGGCUAGCUGGACUGCCAAGUUUGCCAUUUUUUGUUGGACAGGACAUUGCCAAAUGGGUACGCAUAUGAAAUUAAUCUGAUUGGAAUGAUAUUGUCCUUUUGCAAGCACAUGCUCUAUCUCAUUUAUGAUUUGUCUGUUUUUGGAGUGUUCUGCAAAUUGAAUUUUUAUUCUGUGCAGCUGACUUUUGGUUGUGCAUCCUCAUGUCAUGCUUUUUUUACCCUGGUGUUUUUCUUUGUUUUAUCACCAUUAACUGAAAAGGCAUAAUUUUCUUUGCAAGAGACUGAUGUAUGGAAAAGUUCCGUGAAAGACCUAUAGAAUGAACUUUUGCCCAGUCUUUAUCACUUGCCAAGUAUAAUUUUGCUUUUAUGGUUUUACAUUUUGAUUGCAGUCACAAUAGCACUUCUUUCUUUCAGAUGCCCUAUGAGCACGCUAGUUCUUGUUUGCAAUCCCUUUGUUCAAAGGCUUCUGCAGUUCUUUAUGUACAUGUUAUUUCAACCACAAUGCAAGCCAGUGUUAACAUGGAUGCAAAUGUUUUGUGCUACAGUACUGUUUGAUGCAGAGUGAGUUUUACACUGUACAAGUUUUGAAACAGAUGACUUUAGGAAGAUAUGCAAUGGGCAUUGAAUCCCCAGUAAGAUAUCAAGAUUCUACCAGCAUACUGGAAAACCCUUUACUUUUUUAUCACAUUUUUUUUUCUUUGUGAAUUGUGCACAGCACAGUAUACAUAAUUGUGGUUGUUCAAUUUCGCGAUUUUCAUGUACUAAGUUUAUGGUCCUCGCUCGUGGCAGUUGUCUAUGUGCUCUUGAAUGUAGGAAACUUUGCAAUUUACAAUAGCUUCACUGGGUGGUUUCUAGAGCAAACUCAAUAGAGCUUCCCCUUUGCGUAGACAAUAAGACAAGUCUUAUUUGAUAGCUAAGGUUGUAAUGUUUCUGUUAUAGCAUUACAUUUUUUUUUAUUUUGCUAGUACCUUUGUAUACCAACUGGUUGUGAGAUGUCCCCCAAAACGUGUUGAUUUAUCUGUCCUAAUAGUCUGUAUAUAAAAGCAUAUUUUAGUAUGACAGCUUUGGAUAUAAAACAGUGGUGGAUGGGGUGCGUUUUUACUGUGAUCUAAUAUUUAUAGAGUGUUGCAUUUAGAGUGAUAUUUUAUGAAGCGGUUAAUUAAGAAAGACUAACAUUGUUGUGUGCAUGUUUUCUCUGCUAGGUUAAGGUGCAGUGAGCAAUUCACAGUAAUGUACAUCCUUUAUUUGUUAUUAUGCUAGUGCUUAUGCUUCAUUCAUAUUUCACAGCAGAAAGAAAUGCUGCUUUGAGAAUUUGUGCCUGCUGCAUUUCAUAUGAAUGGCCUUCUCUUUUAUGUGCUUGUGUCUUAUUGCAUGACAUAUAUGCAUCAAAUUGAUUUUUUUUAUGCAUUUAGUUUUUUGGCUUUACAUUUUUCGUUUAUAAAAUAAAAGAAUUUACUAAUUUUUUUUUUAACUUGUGAAAAAUACAUUAUGGCGCACAUUAUUUAAUUAGUGCGAAUGCAAUGAAUUAUUUUUGUGAACCAACUUUUCAUUGCUAUGUUCAACAUAAAUGGUCUCACAGUUCAACAUUCUUUUAUGAUAUUGCGUAGAACAAAGUUUCACUGGAACUUUUGCCGCGUUCUGUUUCUGCUUCCGCACUCUUAUUUCUGAAUGGUGGAAGUUGCAACCAGCAAGUUGCAUCCGUCUCAAUGCUGUAUAUCUUCGGUUGUAUCUUUACCUAACAUUGGCAUCAUGUCAUGUGCAAUAAGCAUGGUGUUAUCUGGCAAUAACUCUGGAUCUCUUGUCUCAAUAAACACUUGUUGCAAUCGUC